GCCACAUUAGAGUUGGAAAGGAACUGAUAAUAGAAAUGAUUUGGUGUCUUAGAACUGCAUGCAAAUGUACUUUGUUCUAAUCAGAGUGAGUUAAAGAAAUACUUGAUUUACAAUGCAGACAAAGUGAGGUUCUGAGAGGUUUUCUGUACUUAACACUGAAAUGAGUAACAACACCUCUGUUGUUGGUGGUAAAAUUUCAAUGCGAAAGAUGAAUGAUCAGGUGAUAAUUGUACAGAUUCUGGUGGGUAUUUUUCUUUGCAUCAACUCCAUGCUGAGUGCAACCUUUUUCACUAAGGAAAUCUUCUACACAAACAUGCGCUACAUUUUAUUCGUCACCACACUAUUUUCUGAUUCUGUAUAUUUAAUCAUCUCAAAUUUGCUGCUGAAUUUGAGCUAUUUUGCCGUUCCUGUACAAUCAUGGUCAUGUAUUUUCUUUUGCCUCCUGUCGUCUUUGUGUAAUUAUGUCACUCCUCUGACUCUGACAGCGAUGAGCCUGGAGCGCUAUGUGGCUGUCUGCAUGCCACUGCGUCAUGCAGAGCUGUGCACUGCAGGCAGAGCCCUGCAGGUCGUCCUCAUCAUUCACAGCCUCAGCAUCAUACCCUACAUUGUGGUUCUUAUAAUCUUCUUUUCCUCAGUCACCUUUAGCUUCUUCACACAACACAUCAUCUGCUCUAUGGAUGCUUUAAUUUUGCACAGGUGGCAGGGUCAUGUAAGGUCUGCGAUCAGUCAGUUUUACUUCCUGAUCAUGUGUAUCCUCAUCGCUUUCUCCUAUGUUCAAAUAAUAAAAGUGGCCAAAGCUGCAUCUGGAAACAACAAAGAGUCGACACGAAAAGGACUCAGAACUGUGAUCCUCCAUGCUUUCCAGCUGUUUCUCUGUCUCAUCCAGCUGUGGACCCCCUUCAUUGAAGCUGCUGUUCUCCAGAUUGAUUUCAGUUUAUUUAUAAACGUCAGAUACAUUAACUAUAUUCUGUUUAUUCUUGCUCCUCGAUGCCUGAGUCCUCUUAUCUACGGCCUGAGAGACGAAACGUUUCUACUUGCGCUGAAACACUGGCUGUUCUGCUGCCCAUUCAAGGCCAACAUGUUUAAACUGUGAACCUGGAACAGCAAAUGUUUGCCUAGAAAUUAGUUUUAAAGAUGUAUAAUAUGCAAUUAUCUCAAAAAACAUUUCAACCGACUUGUUUAAACAUGAAACCUUUGAAUUCAAUAAUCAAUAAUAAUUAUAAUUUAAAACACCAUAUUUUGUCUUUAGAAUAUUUAUGUGUGGAUGCUUAAUGUUUGUAUCGUUCAAAGUAAAGAUAGAUCAACUGCCUUUACUUGAGUUGUAUAUCAAAAUUAAAUUUUAGGUUGACUGACAUUUUCGUAGGUUACAGAGUGAAUAUUACAGAGUAGUUGUUUUAUUUUUCCAAUGUUUGUUUUGAUGUGCGAGCACUUGCUAAGAACGUGAUAGGAAAGAGAAAUGUAUAUGACAUUUUGGUUGCACAAUAUCUAGUAGUUAAAAAAAACCAAACCUAUUUUAGUUUUUUUUAAUUGGGGGGGAAAUAAAAGUAACGUCACACUAAAGAUAUUUUCAACUGUUGUCUUUCCUGUGUUCUCUAAUGCAUCCAAAAUCAAAAAGAAAAAAUCUAAUAAUAAUAAAAAGAUUU